GCCCCGCUCGGCCGCCCGCGAAGAUGCGGCUGCUCCCGGAAUGGCUUCUCUUGCUCUUUGGCCCGUGGCUCCUGAGGAAGGCUGUGAGUUCCCAGAUCUCAGAGUCCGGGAGGCCGCAGUACCUGGAGCUGCGCCCCGGCGCGGCCGGAGGGGGCGCUGCUGGCCCACAGGUCCGGGCGCCCAGGUCUUCCGACGGCCUGGGCUCCGCGGGCGCCUGGAGCUGGGCCUGGCCGGCUAACCACACCGGGGCCCUUGCCCGGGCGGGGGCGGCGGGGGCGCUGCCGGCGCAGCGCACCAAGAGGAAGCCGUCCAUCAAAGCGGCCCGCGCCAAAAAGAUCUUCGGCUGGGGGGACUUCUACUUCCGGGUGCACACCCUCAAGUUCUCCCUGCUGGUGACCGGCAAGAUCGUGGACCACGUGAACGGGACCUUCAGCGUGUACUUCCGCCACAACUCGUCCAGCCUGGGCAAUCUCAGCGUCAGUAUCGUGCCGCCCUCCAAGCGGGUCGAGUUUGGGGGCGUCUGGCUGCCAGGGCCCGUCCCCCACUCUCUGCAAUCUACACUGGCCCUGGAGGGAGUGCUCCCCGGGCUGGGGAUCGCGGCCGCGGGGCCGGGGCUAGGGGGCACCCUCGGGGGCGCGCUGGCGGGCCCUCUCGGGGGCGCGCUGGGGGUGCCUGGGGCCAAAGAGUCCCGCGCUUUCAAUUGCCACGUGGAGUACGAGAAGACGAACCGCGCGCGCAAGCACCGCCCGUGCCUGUACGACCCGUCGCAAGUGUGCUUCACCGAGCACACGCAGAGCCAGGCCGCCUGGCUGUGUGCCAAGCCCUUCAAAGUCAUCUGCAUCUUCGUCUCCUUCCUCAGCUUUGACUACAAACUGGUGCAGAAGGUGUGCCCAGACUAUAACUUCCAGAGCGAGCACCCCUACUUUGGAUAGCGCGCCCCACCCUCGCCCCGGCCCUGAGAGCCCCGCCCAAUCUCGGCCUCCCUGAGUGGGACCCCUCCCCGCGCCCCGCAGCUUCUGUGGCCGCGUCCACCCUUUCCACUCCGGGGGCGGAAGGGAACAGCCCUCCCGGGGACCGUCUGCCGGCGCGGGUCCCCUUUUCCUUAC